UUAUUAGUUUUUUCUAUUAAUUCCUCUAAAAUGGCACAAAAGAAGGUGACUAUUAUUGGAUCUGGGAAUUGGGGUUCAGCUAUUGCACGAAUCAUCGGCAACACAGUUGUGUUGCACAGCACUACAUUCCAAACGCGAGUGCCUAUGUGGGUGUUCGAAGAGAUGGUUGAUGACAAAAAGCUUAGCGAAAUUAUCAAUACUGAACAUAUCAACGUUAAGUAUCUGCCUGGAAAGAAAUUGCCAGAAAACAUUGUUGCCGUUCCUGAUCUUCUUGAGGCUACAAAGGAUGCUGAUAUUCUCGUAUUUGUCGUUCCCCACCAAUUUGUUGAGAAGCUUUGUAAUCAAUUGAAAGGAAACGUCAAAAGCAGCGCUGUAGCAGUCUCUCUCAUAAAAGGACUUUCUGGCAAGUCUACAAGCUCAAAACUUCGUUUAAUCUCUGAGGACAUUAGUGAAACUCUGGGUAUUGAUGCGGCGGUUCUGAUGGGGGCGAAUUUGGCACCUGAAGUGGCUAAUGAUAAUUUCUGCGAGGCAACAAUUGGCAGCAAAAAUCUUGCUACAGCAAUCGAACUCAAAAAGCUUUUCCACACAGACAAUUUCCGUAUUAAUAUUGUUCAAGAUUUUCAAACUGUGGAAAUUUGUGGGGCUUUGAAGAAUGUUGUUGCGUGUGCAGCAGGUUUUUCUGAUGGCUUGGGAUAUGGAGACAAUACAAAGGUUAAUUCACUAUUAAGUUUUUGUUGUUUUUUUUGA